AUGUCUGGAGAAAGAAGUGGUCCGAGCUUCUACAGGCUCGGGAAGCAGACAUCCUCCUGCCUCCCAAAAACCAAGCUGCAGUUCCCCGUGAGCCACGAAGAGCCCCUCCUGCAGGAAGACCACCCUGCCCAGCAGCUGAGCCUCUCCAGCCAGGUCUCCCUGUCGGCCAUUCUGAAGUACGUGGCCACCAACAUUCUGGAGCUGGUGGGCAACGAGGCCCAGCACAACUGCAGGGUGCAGCGGGACGUGAACAACAACGUGCGGGACGUGAACAACAACGUGCAGAACGUUGAACAACAACAUCGAGGACGAUGCCGCUUCUCAGGUCUCUGA